AUGAUACAAUGGCACUCCAGAUUGGACAUAGCUCUAGAUCCGGGACAGGAAACAGUCAAAACGGGAGAGCUGGUUAAAAACAAACCACGUUUGAAAACCAAACCCAAACCUGCGGCGACUACCAACCGCAACCGCAAAAAACCAAUUGCAAAGUCAGUAACGGGGGCCUGUACUCAUAACUCGCAGACGACAGAUCUUAGCUUGGUGGAAUCUAGGUCAGCGACGAAUGUCAGCUGCGUCCAAGACUCCGACGAUGAGUAUUCGUUGGCGUGUAGCGAAAUAGGCGGUCCUCAGUGGCUCAGAGACGAGCUUGGUCGCGAGGCACUGGCUGCCUUUAAAGCCGACGUAGAGGAAACGGACAAAGAGCGUAUCCCACCAAAGUCGCCACCAAGAGCAGAAGUCGUAAAAGCUGAUGACCUAAGGAAAUCAGCUAUGGAGCAUGUCCAAAUUAUUAAAGAUGUGUCACGUAAGUCUGGACAUUUGAAAGACACAUGCCAGAGAGCCCUAAAUGAGGCAAGCCAAGCUCUGGUCACAAUAAUCGAAAACCUUUCCAUCCGGACCAUUACAGAUGAGACUACCAGACUUCUUGCGGAAAAUGCUCGCCUAAGUCAGAAAUUAAAACUCGUUCGUGAAAAGUCACUGGCCUUCGAAAGAGCCUAUGCAGAGCGUAACGAACUUAGUAAGACGAUGCCCCCCGCUUCCCUAAUUAAGGGAGACGCCCUGGAAGAACUCAAGCGCUCAAUAACCAGCACUAUAGGGGAAAUGUUUAAUGAUAGAUUAAACAGGAUAGAGAAGCGACUGCCGCCGGUGCUGAACGUCGAACAACCACCGUCUAUAGCAGAAAAACCAAAAAAGAAACAUAAGGCAGCGGAAUCUUCGCCACCAAACUCCGUAACGUCUAUGCCAAAAGCCAUUGACGUUUCGACUGCCCAAGGGGAGCUAAAUAUUGAAACGCAUUCACAGGUAGCUCCUGCCGAACAGGUCCCAGAUUCUGCCGUCUCUAAAGAGCCCUGGACUACUGUAGUCAUGUAG